AUGGUCUGCGAGCUUUCUCCCCACAAGAUCAGAGAUACUUCAAAUACCGCUCGGUUCAAAGAGAAACAUGUAGAUGUCGGUCUCGAAAUCAAGCAGAGAAGCCUUUCCACAUCCCUAUACUCUAACGGCAACUCCAGCAACAGCAGCCAGGCCGUACCAAGAAGUCGACAGCAGCGCCAACAAGAUCAGGGACAUCACCCCGCAGCUCUCCCUACAGUCCCACAAGUCUCGCACGGUCCAGAGCCAGAAAAGGAGCAGCGUUCUCAGUCCAACAUGCCUGGUGCCUGGCCAGUAGGCGGUAUCAGACCUGCAUCUGGUUUCCGCCACGUUCCGAGUCAUGGCCACCGCGCGGCAGCAGGCGUGUCCACGUGGGAUCGUCUUGAUAGGCUUGUGUAUCCGGAGCAACGCUGCGAGGAUAGUGAGCCGUCGGCACGUGUCGGUGCUCCUAGAGGUAUCCCGGGUCGCAAGGUGUACCGGCCGGGAAUGACGGAUGAUGGCGCGACUAUUACUGGAGUUCAGGCCAGGCUACAGGCUCGCCCCCAUCAGUCGUACAACUAUGGCGGCGCUCAGCUGCCGAUGAGAGUUCAGUGGCUAUCACUGCUCAGGAAGGAUGUGGUCUCGCCGUGUACGAUGUUUAGGCACUGCCGCACUGCUCCAGGGACAUACAGAGUCGGCGCGCCGCACGUUGUUACGAGAGGCACUUGAGCCACAACUCACCACCUGUCAUGCGAUGGGAUUCAUUACCUUAUGGCGCAGUCUGCAGCAACCUCCUUAAACACUGCGACACACCCGAUGGACCUUUAUUCCUGCC